AUGGAUGUAAGAUUUUAUCCAGCUGCCUCUGGAAGCGCUCUUCCCGGAGACCCCUCCAAUCUGGACUUUGCCCAGUGUUUGGGUUACUACAGCUACAACAAGUUUGGCAACAACAAUAACUACAUGAACAUGGCAGAAGCAAAUAAUGCAUUUCUUACUGCAAAUGAGCAAACGUUCCAUACGCCAAGUCUUGGAGACGAAGAGUUUGAGAUCCCGCCAAUUACUCCCCCCCCUGAACUGGACCCCACCAACCUGGGGAUGGCAGACAUACUCCUGCCUUUCCAGAGCCUCAAUGAUCAGCUGGCUGCACAAGGAAAUGAGUUCACCCCGCAGUUUCCACCACAGAGCUUGGAUCUUCCUUCCAUUACGAUAUCGCGAAACCUUGUAGAGCAAGACAGUGUCAUCCAAAGCAACGGAUUACGUAUGGAUCACAGUCAUACAGAUGUGCCUCAGUAUCGGCAGGACCACUCUUUGAUUAUGAGAUCUAUUGUCCACAUGACGGACGCCACUCGUUCCGGAAUUAUGCCUCCCAACCAGCUGACCACUAUUAACCAAUCCCAGCUGAGUGCUCAACUGGGGCUGAAUUUAGGGGGUACCAGCUUGCCCCACACUUCACCUUCGCCUCCUGCAAGCAAAUCGGCAACGCCUUCGCCAUCCAGUUCUAUAAAUGAAGAGGAUGCAGAGGACACAAAUCGGACUGCAGGAGAAAAAAGAGCGGCUCCCGAUUCUGGCAAGAAGCCCAAGACUCCAAAGAAGAAGAAAAAGAAAGACCCCAAUGAACCACAAAAGCCGGUGUCAGCAUAUGCCCUUUUCUUUAGGGACACGCAAGCAGCAAUUAAAGGGCAGAACCCCAAUGCAACCUUUGGAGAGGUGUCAAAAAUCGUAGCAUCCAUGUGGGAUAGCUUAGGAGAAGAGCAGAAGCAGGUAUAUAAAAGGAAAACUGAAGCUGCUAAGAAGGAGUACCUUAAAGCACUUGCUGCCUACCGAGCAAGUUUGGUGUCCAAGGCCGCAGCAGAGUCGGCGGAAGCCCAGACGAUCCGGUCGGUGCAGCAGACGCUGGCGUCGACCAGCUUGUCCUCCUCCCUCCUCCUGAACAGCCAGCUCUCCCAGCACGCGGCCGUGGCCGGCUCGCCACAGACUCUGCAGCAGUCGCUCCCCAGGGCCAUCGCGCCCAAGCCCCUGGCCAUGCGGCUGCCCAUGAACCAGAUCGUGGCCUCGGUCACCAUCGCCCCCAGCAUGCCCACAAACAUUUCCCCCUCCCUCCUCAGCUCCGUGGGCGGCAGCGUGGCGGGCGCGCCGGCCGCCUCCCAGGGCAGCCCGGCCCUGCAGAGCCACCUGCAGCAGCACCUGCAGCACCACCCGCCGCCGCAGCCGCCGCAGCAGCACAUGCACCAGCAGAUCCAGCAGCAGCAGCACCAGAUGCAGCAGCAGAUGCACCAGCAGCAGCAGCAGCAGCAGAUGCACCAGCAGAUCCAGCAGCAGAUGCAGCAGCAGCAUUUCCAGCACCACAUGCAGCAGCACAUGCAGCAGCAGCUGCAGCACAUGCAGCUGCAGCAGCUGCAGCAGCUGCAGCACAUGCAGCAUCCGCCACAGCCCUCCCCGCAGCAGCAUUCGCCCGUGGCCUCCCAGAUGACCUCCCCCAUCCCCGCCAUCGCCAGCCCGCCGCCCACCGCCCCCCAGCACCAGCCCCAGAUACAAACCCAGGCGCAGACUCAGCCGUUACCGCAGGCCGGCAUCUUCUGAAGGCGCUUGGCAAAGGUGCUUCGCCGGACGCGGGGAGCGGAGGGAAGCGGCCCCUGCCGGCGGCGUUAUGCAGGGAUGCGUAACAGGCCGAGCGAGCCUCCAAACUGUCUAUUAGAUAGGCAAUAAGGAACUACCAUGUAGCUGUGUAUACUCUUAGCUGACUCGCCAUCUCCCUUCCCCCGUUUCUUUCCAGUUUUCUUUUUCUUUGAAGGGAGAAAAGGCUGUGCUUUUCCUUUUCUGUUUCUCCGCGUCUUCAUGUAAUGCCUUUUUUAAUUUAUUUCGAGGUUUACCUACAGUAUGUGAAUCAGAGAAUCUCGGAUACGACUGGGCAUUAAGACUGAAUGAAAGAAAAAAAAGGCCUUUUCACAGUUUCAGAGCAAAACUGUCCAUUCUUGCAAGAUUAGUAGGUGCGCUCCAACACCUGGGGGUUUUGUCCUUUGUUCCUUUGAACUCACAAAAGCCCUAAAAGCACAGUUGUAACUACCUGUAAAAUUUUGAUUGGAAUUCAUGCAAUCACACUUGUGUGACAUGGCUAGUUGGCGGUGUUUUUCUCUGUCAUAAACAGAAAAAAUAAUACUGUAAAAAAAUUGACUUUUGCCAAAGCUCCUUUUUUUUAACUUUUUAAAAUGUCUUCUGAAGGGGAGGAAAUGGAAGUGAAAGUUCUUAAGUGUCCAAUCCCACCUUAUCACCUUAGUUUAAUUUCUCCAAAUACUACACUACUUUGUAUUAAAAUAUAUUCUUACCCUGUUCUGCUCAUUCCAGUUUUAAAAAAUGUGAAUAUUAUAUUGUGUUUGGGUGACAACUUUCAGAUUUAAUACACUGUAUUUUUUAAAAAAGGAAAUGCACUUAAAUAAAUCUGUUAUUACAAAAAAAAGGUAAGAAGGAAAAAAAUGAGGGUUUUGUUCUUUUGUUUUUUAAAAAAUGCUGUAAUAACAGUAGACUAUUUAAGAGGAUUGCCACAUCUGAAUAAUCAGUGUAAAUAUUUUCUUUAAAAAGAUGUAAGUUUUUCAUAUCAUGUGUUGUAAAGUUUUCAUAAAUGAGGCUUUAAUGUAAACACUGGUAACAUGAAUGAUUUAAUUGCAA